AUGUCUUAGAUAGUUGAUUAAUCUGAUUAGAAACCUCUUUUAGAACUAAAAGAAGCAUUGUAAUUUGAUGAAAAUUAAUGUCAUAAAACAUUCUUUUUUUCAUGGGUUUAUCCCAUAUUGAAAGUAAAAAUAAUAUAAAGUUUUUAGGUUGGAAAAUCAAAACCCUUGACUUAAUAUGAUCUUAUUUCAAUAGAUAAAAAAAAUAAGAUGAUUAAUUCAUAUUAACGAUUCAUAAAUGUGUUCAACAAAUCCAAUUUAAAAUUGAGUUUAUUCAAAUCAUAUCAAAGUAAUAAUAAAUACAACUAAAUUAAGAAUAAAUUUUAAUUUGUCUAAUGACAUUUAUGAUGGUUGCAGCAUUAUAGUUAUGUCUUCCCAUAAUUACAAAAAGAUCUUAAAAUUAUUUUAUGUAUGAUAAACCAGAAGAAAAGCCUUUAAUCUCAAAUAUGGUUAUUUUUGCAAUGAUACAACUGGUAUAUAUGUUAUUACUUUCCUUGAUAAAACCAUUUCAAUAAUUUUAUGCUUCCCUUAUAAGCAUAAAGAUUUAGGGAGCCUUACAAUAAGAGAUAUUAUAAAAAACACUUUCAUUUCCAAUUUGUCGAUCUUAACAUUAUUCAACAGGAGAACUGAUCAAUAUGUUAUAAGUUGAUAUAACUUAAACUUCAAAUUAUUUUUAUAAUGCUAUUCUUUUAUACUCAUGUCCUAUACAAUUAAUAUGUGCUGGUAUAGUCUUCUAUUUGACUUUGGGUAAUUAGGCAUUGAUUCCUGGUUUAGGAGCAGUUUUUUAAGCAUUUCUUGGAUUGACUUUUGGGUAUUUUUAUGGUAUAAUAUAAAAAAAAUAUAUGAUGGCAAAGGAUUUGAGAAUGAAAUCAGUAGAUGAAGCAUUGUUAUACUCAAAAUAAAUUAAACUUAAUUAAUUAGAAGAUUUCUUUGAAUAGAGAGUAAUAAAAUAGUUUAUUAUAGAUUCAUUCAUAAAGAACAAAUGAACUUCGACAUCUAAAAAAAUAAGUUAUUAUGCUUAUUUUAUUUUAAUUACUAUAAGGUUUAGCUGUCAUAAUUACUUGGUAGAUUUUGUUUGUUGUUUAUAACCCAAUCAAUUUUGCUAUAUAAACUAUAAUAAUGUAAAAUUAUGAUAGUAUAGUUAAAAUUUUGGAUGAGUUACCAACACAAUUUAAAAAUUAUUCAAUGAGUAAAAACUCUAUGGAUCGAAUUGAAAAUUUUUUUAAUUAAAAAGAAUGUAAUCAAUUAGAUUAAACAAUUGAAUAAUCUGAUAUAGCAAUAGAUAUUUAAAACUGUUUAUUUGAUUGGGAAACAAAUGAUUAAAUGAGUAAGGAAGUUGAAGAUGAAGAUGAAGAAAUUAAAAAGAAUACAAGUAUAUUCAAUGUAAAAUUGAAUUUAUAAAUAAAGAAAGGUUAAUAUGUAGCUUUUGUUGGAGGGUAUCUUCAUUAUAAAAUAUAUAUAGUUCUGCAUCGGGUAAAUCUACUAUUAUUAGAUCAAUUUUAGGAGAAACUCAUAAUCAAUAAGGAAAGAUUAUAGUAAAUGGACGUAUAAGUGUUGCAACUUAAGAUCCUUGGAUUAUUAGUGGAUCAAUAAAGAAGAAUGUCACUUUUAUGAAUUAGUUUGAUAGUGUAAAAUAUAAAUAAAUAAUAAAAUGUUGUGGAUUAGAAAGAGAUAUUGCAUCUUUUAAAAAUGGAGAUCAAACUAUAUUAGGAGAAAAAGGAGAUAAUUUAUCUGGAGGAUAACAAAAGAGAAUUAAUUUAGCUAGGGCAGUAUAUAAUGAUGCAGAUAUAUAUUUAUUUGAUGAUCCAAUGAGUGCACUUGAUAUUAGAGUUAAAUAUUAAAUUAAUCAAUAAUGUAUUUAAGGAUAUUUAAAAAAUAAAACUCGUAUUCUAUUUACUAAUACAUUAUCAAAUCUAUAGGAAUGUGACAUGAUUUAUAUAGUAGAAGAUGGUUAAAUUAUUAAAUAAGGUAAAUUUGCAUAGAUUAUUGGAAUUUAAAACAAUGAAUUAUUGUCUCAAAAAGAAAUAAUUGAUAUUGAAUUUGAAAAUAAACAUUAUACAUAAGAAUAAACAGAUAACUAAGAUUUAAAAGCAAGUUUAAUAUAACAAGAAGAUUAAGAAAAAGGAUAAGUUUCAUAAGCAGUUUUAAAAUAAAUUUUCGGUUUUUUAGGAAAAUAUUGUGGAAUUCUUUGUGCCUUAAUGUUUAUGAUUAUUUAUCUUGGUGCAUAAUUAAUUGGUAAUUUGGUAAUGGCAUAGGAUGAUAUAACAGAUGAGGAAUUUACAAGAAUUGCAUCAACCUAUUAUCCAAUCAUAUACACUCCAGCUAUUGUUUCUCUAGCAUUAAUGAAAAGUUAUUAUUUAAUAAAAGGAUUAGGAACUUCAAAGCUUAUUCAUGAUAAUGUUAUAAAUAGCUUAUUGAAUGCUUCAUAUACUAAAUUUUAUAAUACAAUUUUAAUUGGUAGAUUAAUGAAUAGAUUAAGCAAGGAUAUCUAUAAUAUUGAUUUAUUGUUUCCAAAUGAAAUUUAAAAUUUAACAUUCUAAGUUACUACUUUAUUAUUACCAUUAUUUUCAUGUUUCCUUUAUUUAAAUAUAGCAGCACUACCUUUAUUAAUUCUUUUUAUUAUUGCACUAUUUUAUAUGACUGUUAUUUAUUAUAGAUGCUUAAGAGAAAUAACAAGAAUAGAAGCUGUUUCUAAAAGUCCUGUUUUUUCUUAUUUUUAAUAAAUUAUAAGAGGAGUCACUUAUGUUAGAAGUUGUUUACCUAUUGAUAAAGUCAUAGGAUUAUAAUAAAAAAAUGUAGAUAUUGAUUUAGGUAAUCAAAUUAAUUUAAAUGGAUUUUAAUAUUGGUAUCAAUCUUUAGCAGGUUCAAUAACUAAUUUAUUUUAAACAUUAUUGUUUAUAAUUUGUGUAAAUGUAUUAAAAUAAUUUAGUUUCUAUUUCCAGGUAGAACAUAAAAAAUGACAAAUAUUGUAUUGUAAAUGAUGUAAACUGUUUCAACUGUACUUUUAAAUUCUUCAACAUCUUGUGGAAAUAUUUAAAUGUAUUUAAUUAGUUUUGAAAGAUGUUUGCAUUUAGCUAAGUAUUUAAUAUUUUUUAAUAAUUUAUAGUAAAAUAGAAUUAGAGGAAAAGAAUCUUCCAUUAAUUACUCCAUCUGAAUAAGAUAUUUAAGCUAAAAAGGUUAAAUCAGAUAUAGUUUUGAAACUUGAAAAUUGUACAUUUUAAUAUAGAUCUAAUUCAAAAAGUGUUUUAUAAAAUAUAACUCUAUAGUUACAUAAAGGAGAGAAAGUAAUAAAUUAUAUUAAAUUUAAGAUUGGUGUAGUAGGAAGAACUGGAGCAGGAAAGAGUUCUAUCAUUUUAGCAUUGACUGCAAUUUUGGAAUAAAUUGAAGGAUAAAUGGAAAUUGAGGAUCAAAAUAUUAAUUAAUAUUCUCUGAAUUAAUUGAGAUAAAAGUUUUCAAUUAUUCCUUAAGAUCCUUUGAUAUUUAUGGGAACAUUAAGAGAAAAUUUAGAUCCUUUCAAUUAAUUUAGUGAUGCUAAAAUACUAGAAAUAUCAUAAUAAUCUAGAUUAUUUGAAAUGCAAAGCUUCCAAUAAAAUGGAUUAUAAACUCAAAUUGCCCUUUCAGGAAGUAAUUUAUCUUAAGGAGAGAAACAAUUAUUAAAUAUAACUAGAUGUAUUUUAGAAAAUAAGUAAAUAAUAUUAGUUGAUGAAGCAACUGCUAAUAUUGAUUAAAAUACAGAAGAGUAUGUAAAAGAUGUAAUAAUUUAAAAAUAAUCAAUUUUAGAUCUUUUUUAAAUAUUUUAAGAAUGCCGCUAUGUUAACAAUAGCUCAUAAAGUUACAACUAUUAUGAAUUCAGAUAAAAUAUUAGUAUUAAAUGAUGGAAAAGUAUCUGAAUUUGACCAUCCACAAAAAUUAUUAGCUGAUCCAAAUAGUGAAUUUAAAUAAAUUAUAGAUCUUAUCAAAUAAUCAGAAGAAUUAUGA